CGUACGUAAUAUAACUUCGUAAGGACUCAUCGAACGACGUCUCGAACUUGCUUUAAGUGUUGAAGUCUUUGAUCACGUUCUCGACGGUAGUUUACAGUUAUCGUGACCCGACUUUGUUCGAAAGAAACGUUACUGAAAACGCUUAGAAGAGGCACUGAACGGUCGGCCGAAGCGGGUCUUGUUAAUCAAGGAAUUUAAUAAUAAAAGCCGACUUUUGAACAGCUUCGCAAUGUUUCAUAGUACGAAGUGGUUGUUUCUUGUUACCGGCGUGUCAUUAAUAGCGCUGCGAUCAGCACAUGAACGGGAGCAACGUGUUUUUAAGGACGACGAAGGACCGAGACAAGGAAGGGACCUUUUGGACUGGAUAGGCCUUGGAACAGGCCCUGAUGUUGAUCCCUACUUAGCCAAAGCCAAUGCUGAAUGUCUUAAUGGAGAUCUAGCUGAAUGUUUUAAAUCAAGAGCAUUACAAUCGUUGGACGACUUUUUCGAUAAGCCGGUUUAUUAUCUUACCGAGAAUGCCAGAAUUACACGCAUGCCCGAAUCUCAACUUCGAAGUGUGGCCAGAGAACCCUACGAAUUUUCAGAAGCACCCAGAUCUGAUGAACCAGAAUGGGAUCAGUUAGUCAAAUUUGUUCUCAGAAAAGUGGAAAGGUUCAUGAAGUCUAGUGCGAUUGAAGUAAAAUUUAAUGACGAAGUAACUGAGAGAGGACGUUAUUCGCCCCGCUUCAUAGACGAAAUUGCUGAUGAAAUAGAUGUAAUUGAAGACAAAAAGGAUUCUUAUUUCAAACGAAAACAACUCAAAAAGCUGUUUAUUCCCAUGCUUAUAAUUUUGAAGCUUUUUAAGUUAAAGCUGUUGUUGUUCUUGCCUUUAAUAUUGGGACUAGCAUCGUUUAAAAAAUUGCUGGGUUUUCUUGCUAUCGUCAUCCCAGGAUUGAUAGGAUUUUUCAAAUUGUGCAAGCCUCAUCUACAGUCGUCAUUCAGCCAAAGCGGAUUUGCACCCCACUAUUCUUCAGGUGGAAUCGGUUUUCAGCCCCACUACAGAGAUCCACAACCCACUUUCCUUACUGAUGAACAUUCGUACUAUAAUCACGACAAAGGACUUGCAUUUAAGGAGGAUCCACAGGAAUUGGCGUACUCCGGUUAUUCACAUUAUCGAAAUUCAGGAGGUGACGUUGCUGCUAUUGGUAACGAAAACACUUCCAAAAAGUCAAUAUUGCCGGAUUCUUAGAAUAUAAAGUCUUAAGAAGAAGACAAAUGAUGUAGAAUGUAUGUGAUUUGUUGUU